CCCGGCCCGUCCCGUCCCCAGGCUGGCACGCAUCACGAGGGCGUCGCCCACGAAGCAAAAACUCCCCAAAUUGCCUCGAACUUCAUUACUCCACCACGACAAUCCGCAGGUAAAUCCGCCUCCGCGAUUUUCCCACUCCGCUUUCCUCUCUCGAUUUGUCCAAAUUUUUGUUCCCCACCAGCGAUUGGUUUGGUGUCUCCGGCAUCACUCCCCACUAAGCCGCCCCCUCUCCUCGCUCCCUCGCGCUGGACUCGGCUCGUCGUUUCCUUCCCAAUUUCGCCGCCGCCCGAUAUUUAUUUCCUGCCUCGGCAUCCAUUUCCUCCCCUGAUAAUUUUUUUCCCACUUUUGUUGCCCGGCGGGCCUUGUUAAUAUCUGCGCUGCGCGAGGAUAUUUGUGUUUUCCCUGCUUUCUUGGGCGCGCGUCCAACCUGCGGAGGCCUCCGGAUCUUUCGAUCGCUGCUGGGCGGCGCCGGCACAAGAUAGUUUGCGAGGAGAGAGGCUGAGAGGUAGGCUAGGGCUCUGAAAGUUGUUCAAUUGUUGCUCCCACUCCCAUCAUAGAUGAUGAAAUCGGGGGAAGAAGUUAGUCUGGGCCAGCAAAUGGACGGUUCUCUGGAAGAGAAGGCUGCUGGGGAAUCCGUUGAUGAGCCCAAGAUAGAGAGGUGCCACUCUAUCAAUCUGAAUUCGUUGCCAGCAGUAUCUGCCUCCGCAACGGAAACUGAAGUCUUGCACGCCGCAGUUGAGCCAGAGGCCAAUGGUUCAAGCACUCAAAAAGGAGAUGAUAAGCCCAGCGCUACUGAUCAGAAGAAGGUCCCGAAGAAUGAGCAAGUCGACGAAGCUGAAGUUCAGGUCUGUGCAUAUGUGAAGAACAACUUGGUUGACCCUUUGAAUAGCGAGAACCAUGCCGACGAGAUGGAUGCUUUGGUGGUAGCUGUGCCAGAAAAUGAAGGGUGUGCUGAUGGUGGCAGUGAUUAUAAGAGAGUUAAAGUUCUCAGCAUUGUCAAGAAGGAUGAGCCAGAGGAGGAACUUGUCGAAGCUAUCAAUCCUGUAACAAUUGCAGCGUAUAGAGAAGAGAAGGGCGCCUCUGGUUCUACUUCUGGAGUUACUGCGGUGCGAACGCCUGGCACCCGGUCAUCUUGUUUCCAUGGUGUGACAAGGCAUAGGUGGAGUGGCAAAUAUGAAGCUCAUUUGUGGGACAGUACUUGCAGAGUAGAAGGACGGAGAAGGAAAGGAAGGCAAGUUUAUCUAGGAAGUUAUGAUACUGAGAAAAAAGCUGCCAGGGCGUAUGAUGUUGCAGCUCUUAAAUACUGGGGCCUAAAUACUAAGCUGAACUUCCCAAUUUCUGAAUACGAAAAGGAACUGGCCGACACGAAAGACAUGUCUCCAGAGGAAUGUGUGACAUACUUGAGAAGAAGGAGUAGCUGCUUCUCAAGAGGGGCUUCUGUUUACAGAGGAGUUACAAGGAGGCAAAAAGACGGGAGAUGGCAAGCACGCAUAGGACUGAUUGCUGGAACUAGAGACAUUUACCUUGGAACUUUCAAAACUGAGGAAGAAGCUGCAGAAGCUUAUGAUAUUGCUGCCAUAGAGAUACGUGGCAAAAAUGCAGUGACCAACUUUGACCGAAGCAACUAUAUGGAGAAGGGCAUGCAUUGUAUAGAAGGGGCAGGGUUGAACUUGCUUGCAACAAAGCCAGAAUAGAACCUGAUUUGGCAUCAAAUAUGAGCAGAUUUGGUCAGCAAUAUUUGGAGCAUAGUUGUACAUACAGAUAGAAGAACUGGAUGCAGCCUGUCAUUAUUUGCUGCUCUACAAUUCUUCAGAUUAUAGUUCUUUUUGGAGAGAUAUCUUCAGUUAUUAGCAAGAUUUGAAGAUUUUGACAGUGUAUUACUGUUAUAGUGUUUGUAGGCUAGAUUUGCACUCAAAAUGUCAACAGCUUAUGCUUGACAACAUGUCACAUGUCUGGCGGGAGAGUACGUUUUACUAUCACUUUGAUGCUUUGUGUUACUGCCAUAUUCAAGUGUAUAUUCCAACUAGGCAGCUUGUUAAAUACAUUGCCAUUUUUUGUUCCA